AUGCGGUACUGCGAAGUUUUUGUUGUCAUCUUCAUCGUGUCCUUAUGGCUGCUACCUUCGUGUCUCUGUCAAACAAAUGCUGUUGGCUCAGUUUACUUCCACAAACUGUCUACCUGUCCCAGACAGAUGCCUAGGGACUACCAGGUGUCACAAGUGGUGGCCAGCACCAGUACCGGUGCGUUAAGCUGCACUGUUACCUGCGCUUCGUCUCCUGUCUGCAACUCCAUAGUCUUUGAUCCUGCCGCCAAGACUUGUCACCUGUCCCAACAGGUAGCGGCGCCUGACUGCCUGAACAUGGAGGACAUUAAAGACUCCAGGAUAUAUUUAGAAAAGAGACAUUCUUGCAAAAACGGAGCGACACCUCGUGGUGACAAGUGUGACUGUGUGCCUGGCUACAUGGGAGACAACUGCGAGCUAGGACCCAUGAGAGAUUGUUAUGAUUACAUGACGAUUGGAAAAGCUCAGGGAACCAUGGUUCGGAUGAUUCGCCCGACAGACAACAUGACCUUUCCUGUGAACUGUCUUGAUGCCUUGUCGACGGUGAUGAUCAGAAGGAACAAUAAGAUCAACUUUACGAGGUCUUGGCGAGAGUACCGUGAUGGGUUCGGCAACAUCAGCGACACCCACUGGCUGGGACUUGAAAAAAUUCGCAUUCUAACGACACAAAAUCGCAGCUACAACUUAUUGGUGCAGGUGCAGCUGAACAAUACUGCAUCCCUGUAUGUCCUCUACAACAACUUUACUGUCAGCGACGAGAAAUCCUUCUACCAGCUUCACUUUGAAAGUGUCACACUCAAUUCAAACCAUCCCGGCGACUGUCUGUCUGAUCUGCGCGGCGCCAACUUCAGCACUUACGACAGCGACAACGACGGCGACAGCAGCGUCAACUGCGCAAGUCGUCACAGCGGCGGCUGGUGGUUCCGUGGCAACGCGUGCAGCACGUGCAACCCCACGGGUCAGCUGCUGCAGCCCGCCAACGGCCUGAGGACGGGAGUGGACAGCGAGGUCUUCUGGAUCAAAGACCUUGGAAACAUCGCCCCCUACAGGAUUUCGAUUAGGCUCCAAAAUCCUUAAAAACAAUAAAACAUCCCUUCUGUUGUAAUCGAAAUGUUAACGCCUAGAAUUAAGUCUGGAAUAUUCUCUCUAUCAUCAAUUUCUACUAUUUUUUGUUUUGCUUUGUAUUUAUUUUCCCAAUAGAAUAGAAUACAGUUCAGAACAGAAGGACAAGAGAACUCAUGCAAUAAACUACUAUACAAUGAAUCCAA